UACCACUGUCAGCAUAACUAUCACCAGCCAUCAACCCCUCGGAGUCUCUCGAUCCUAGCAUAUUAUCACCAGCUAUCAACCCCGAAUCUCGAGCCGAUCCUACAUACUAGCAUACCUACCUACAGCACAAGCACUCGCAUCCCCCCACCCCCGCCCCCCACUCCGGCAAAUCCCAUAUCCGAAAAACAAAGCUCAGGAUGGUCCGAGUCCGCCGGUGGAUGUGUUGCAAAUGCGGCAACUCAUGGAUGGUCGUAAAAGACUCCGACGACGCAAACAUCUGCUCGUACAGCGAGUGCCAGCACGAGCGAUGCACGGGUUGCACCACCGUCAUGAUGAACGUGCCCAUGGAUCCCGCCGGCAUCACCCCCAUAUGCAGGCCCAUACCGGACCAGAUUCACCUUCCCCAACAUCAUCAUCAAAAUGAAGACGACGAGGAGGACGUGGAGGAACGGCCGUCAAUACACCUCCCCACCACCCGGCCCAGAGUCUCGCACAUGCCGCACGCCGAUGACGGUGCCGAAGCAACGAUACCCCACGGGCCGAGUCCGACCAGCCGGGUCUGCGGAGAUCACGAUCUGCAGGCACGGGGCUAAAGAAGAAGAUGUAUAGAUACAUUGUCCUGAAGGUCUCUGUGUUUUUUUUCCUAUGGUUAUGUGCAGGGGGUUUCUUGGGAGUUUCUUUUUUUAUUUAUCGAAACGGAUCUGGCGCAUAUCAAACAGGUUAUAUCGUUUUGUUUUAUUUUUUGUUUGUUUCGGGGACAGCAGAGAUAUGUGUAUUAUUUCGGGGAAAGGAAGGAGAGAUAUGUAUUUUAUCGUAGCUUCCUCAGCUACGGACGGCACUGCAUUGGAUGGGCAUUGGGCG